GAUUCUAAAAAUGUUUGUUUCAGAACGUGCUUGCUUUUAAUAGGCCUAUUGCCGGUUAGGACUACAGUUACGUAGCUUACAAGAGCUGCUGGCAAUUGUGUUUUUACCAGUGUGAAGUUUGUGAAGAGGAAAGCUCAGAGCAGAUAACUCUGUACCGUUUUAGAAAGUGAAACAACAUCGAAGAAGCCAACAGUGUCAGCAAUUUCAGUUGAAUAAUUCAACCUAACCAACCAUCAACAAGUAAAAGCAGUCGGACGACAAUGUCGGGAGAGGACGUUUUCCCCGAAUCACAGUGGAAGGAAAAGGGGAGCACCUGCGCUUCCGACUAUGAGGACAAAACGCGAACCAGUUUCGACUCCCUAACGCCUCACGAAACGCGGGCGUCGGAACGUCUACGCCGUUGCCCUUGGGCCAGCUCGAAUAAAGGAAAGGCCAUAAAGACUUGCGCUAUAGUCUUCGGAGUCGUUUCGCUCGUUUUCGUUGGGUUGUUCCUGUACGGUUUCAUACUUGUGGGCCCACUGAGGUCACAGGAAGCGAAAUUAUACAGGGACGUAGCGGAGCUGAAAUCUCGACUUUUCAACAGUACUGUGAUGUCGGCUAUUGAGCAGUACUUCGUGGUCGCCACAAAAGAUCUGAGCAUUGAACAAGAACGCCGCAUACUGAUGGGUCAUUAUAAUGAUUCAAUUAAAAAUCUGACACAAGCGCACCAGAAAACAAAGGCACAAUUGGCAGAACAUGUCCAGCAGCUGGAAGAUUUUUUUAACCAUCUAACAAAUCUGUCACAAUCGCACGGGGCUACAAAGGCGCAAUUGGUAGAAUACAAGCGACUGCUGAAUGACAGUUUUAAUGAUCUAAAGAGUCUAAUGCAAGAUCACGAGUUACUGGUGGCAGAAGUGGAAAGAUUGGGUGGGAAGGUAAAUAACAACGACAACCGCACAGCUGAGGCUUUUAGGAAGAUGGACAGGCUGGAGCAGUUAAUGCGACAAGUAAGUUAA